AUGGCGGCCGUUUUGUCAUCACACGCUGCGUUGCCCGCGCUCUGGUGCGCGUGCUUCCCGGCGGUGGCGUUGGCGUACGUGAAUCCAAUCUAUUCCUUCUCGGUGGGCUACGGGCUCAGCGUGGCGUUCGCGGCGGCAUUCACGUACCACGCGAUGUUGGCGAGCGGGGCGGUGAUGAGCACGGCGUUGGCGUGGCACAUCGCGGGUGGAUUCGUGUACGGCGCGCGACUGGCUGGUUUCUUGUAUUACCGAAGCGUGACGUGGGACGAGUGGAAGGAGCGGGCGAAAAACGCGCCCGAAGCCGGGGCGAAAGGGUUCGCGAAGCUCACCGCGGUCAUCGCUUUGUGCUCGGCGUUGUACGCGAUGAUGAGCUCGCCGAUGUUGUGGCACGCGCAGAACGUGAAUGUGGUGAACGUGGCGAAGUACGGUGCGGUCAUCUCGCUCGGUUUGGCGAUGGAGUGGAUCGGCGUCGUCCUGGAAGCUAUCGCGGAUCAACAGAAAUUCAACUUCAAGGCGACAGAACGAGGGAAGACGCGAUGGUGCGACGAAGGCCUGUACAAGGUGUGUCGACACCCGAAUUAUCUCGGCGAGAUUCUCUUUUGGGUCGGACUCUACGUCGCCGGCGUCCCGGCGAUGUUAACGAGACCGAUCACCUUUGUCCCGUCGUCGCUCGGCUUGCUCUUCAUCGUCAAGCUCAUGACGAGCGCGGCGAAGCGCGGGGAUAAGAAGCAGGCGGAAAAGUACGCCGAUAACGCUGAGUAUAAAUCAUGGGUCGAAUCCACGUGUUCACUCGUCCCGGGUAACUAG